AUGCCGCUCACCUGCGCGCCUAUUGCGCAGCCUGGCGCCAGCGCCAUCGCUCUCGGCGCCGCCCUCGCUGCGGCCACCUUCCUCGUGCCGCUGCCGCAGGGUUGGAAGGUGUGGCGGACGCGCUCGAGCCGCGGCAUCUCUCUCCUCACGCUGCACCUGACGGUGCUCUUCGGCGCAUCGAGCAUCGCGACGAUGAUCGGCUUCAAGCAGCCCGCCCUCGCCGCAUGCGCCCACGGCCCAGGCUGCCUGGCCUCGCUCCUCGACGCCCUGCAGCAGCUCGCGGCCGCCGCCUCGUGGACGGGCGUGCUCGCCGUCACCCUCCGCACGCCCGAGUCUCGCUCCGCCUCCUCCCUCCUCGCCGCCGGCGCCGACGCCUCUGCGGCAGCCCUCGGCUGGGUCGGUUCCGCCAUCGCGGCCUGCCAGUUUGCGCCGCAGCUGCUGGCCACGUGGCGGCAGCGCGGCUCCGGCGCCCUCUCGUACGCAACCUACCUGCUGCAGACGGCGGGCUCGCUGCUCGUCGUCCUCAACCAGGCCGUCUUCCAGCAGGACUCGUGGCCCGUGUGGCUGCCCGCGUGCGUGCUCGCGGUCGGCAUCUUCUUCGACCGGCCCUGCUGCCGCCCAGCCGCCGCCGCCCGCCCGACCUCGCGCUCGCUGCUCCCGGAGUUCAACGCGCGCGCGGAAGAUGGGGGCGGAGCGACGGCCGGGCGGCGGCAACCGCUGCUGCAAGGCGCGCUGCCGGCGGAGCAGGCAGCGGACGGGCCCCCGGAGGAGGGCGGGGAGCCGCAGCCCUUGGGCGCGGCAGUGGAGGAGGGGCGAGGGGGGUCUGGGUGA